UUUAUUUCAGUACAUAUUCUAUUACAAAAAUUGAAGUUUAAUGAUGUGGUCUCAGUACGAUGAAAAUUUAGGCGAAAAUCUCUUCUUCAAGGAGAUUCAAAAUAAUCAUGUGGACAUAAUAGAAAGGGCAACUACCGAGAACUGGAUAAUAUGUGUACCCCGAAGUGGUACCUUUGAAACUUGUGAUGUAUCCAUGGAAACAAUCCUGGAUCACGUAUUGUUGCAUGGAAAUGAAAGCAAUUUCUGUACACUAAGCAAGAAACAAGUCACCGUAAAGAACAAACAUAUUUACAUCGAUUCUAGUCAGCUGUUUGCAAACAAUGUGGAGAUACUUUUCGAAGAAACAUUUUACUUAGGAAAGACAGCUAAAUACACAGUGUGGUGCAUCGACAGACCUCUUUUUUUGAAGAUCAAUUGUGACUCGCACACUUCUACAGUUUUAGAAACCUUACAUGAUUGUAUCGAUUUUUUAUGGGUGGAAAGCUUGGGACACGAUAUUUUGGAUAAUAUAAGACGAUUAUCAGAUAAUUUCAUUCAGGAUUAUAAAGAAUUUGAGACUGAGACUCUUCAAACUCAGAAAGAAGUUAUUGGAAACCUAUAUUCGCAAUGUUUACAAAUGAGUUUGAAAAGUGUCGUUAUGCGAGAGAAGAGUCUGAAAAGUUCACAAUUUUUAGAAAAUCUGAAGGUAUCGGUUGAGACAUACAUGCAGUAUUGUUUAGGGAGGAAGCUACUAUUUAGCUUGAAUACCUUGCAGUACCAGACGGACGCCUUUAUAAACAAAGCGAUAAGGAAUUCCAGUGGUUUACAAUUGAAAGACUUAAGCAUUCCCGAGAAGUUCUACGAUGUUGUGACAUCAGCAAAAUGUGAAUUGAACAAAAUAAACAAGUAUGUUACUGUUUUGGAUAAAAUAUAUUGCUUGAAACAGACAUUUUCAAUCAUAUACAAAGUUAAUAAACCUGAAGCGGAACAGUGGAUUACCACGGAUGAUUUCUUACAAAUCCUGGUGUUUUUAAUCUUAAAGUUAAAUGUAAGUAACUGGUCAGCCAAUUUGAUUUUCAUGGAAGAGUUUCGACUAAGCCUUUUGGAUAACACCGACCAAAGCAGCUAUUGCCUCGCUUCACUCGAAGCUGCCAUAGAAUUUAUUAAAAGCAAUAAAUUCUUAGACAUUCGAAACGAUGCAUUUACUUCUAGCGUUUACUUGAAUUCUAGUCAACUUUCCGUAGAAAGUAUGUUUAAAGACAUAAAAUUAGGACAUGCGAUGAAUUUUAAAAAUGUUUGCAAAGAUUCUUCGAAACAAAAGCUGUGCCAUCCGCUGUGUUCCUGUGAUCGAUGUCAAUCUGUAAUACGAGAUCAUGAAAUUGAAGAUUUUAGCCCACUCAAAUGUAACGAAAAGGGUCAAAACUUACUAAUAAUAGCAUCCCUUUUAGGCGAUUGCGAUGUAAUUGAGUUUUUACUGUCAGAGAAUUUUGACGUGAAUUUUUGCGACUACCAAGGCAGGACUAGUCUGCAUUACGCUGCCGCGAGAGGCUUCCAAGAUAUUUUACUGCUUCUGAUAAAUGCGGGAGCAAACGCAAAUGCCUCGGAUAACGAAAAGAAUACCGCGCUACAUCUAGCUUGCAAUAACGGGCAGGAAACUUGCGUUAAGGCCCUGAUCUAUUCAUCGACUGAUGUUGAAGUGAACGUAGGGAACUUCUUUGGUGACACGCCUCUUCAUUUGGCUACAAAAUGGGGUUACUUGGAUAUCGUUAAAAUACUAUUAGAAAAUGGAGCGUCCGUCAUAAUAUGUAAUAAGAGGAAUCAGACUGUACUGAAUGUAGCGACAAAUUAUUACAUUUUAAAGCUUUUCGAGGAAUUUGGAAUGGAGAAAAGCGCAACGAUUUGCAAACGCAUCAAACAGAACAGUCCCGUUUUGGUGAAUGAAAGGCAUGUUACUGAUGCGUGCAGUGAACACGGGGUGAGACCGAAAAGUGUGGACCAAUUCAAGAAAAUAGAUUUACUGCUUAGAGCGAUUGAAAGUAACGAUUUGCCUUUGACCUGUUUUUAUUUGGGUUUCUCUUGUAAUGCUUCUGCGAUAAUUAAAAAAGAUAACUGCCAUCCUUUGUGCGACUGCACGAAAUGCUGUACGGAUCAAGAGAUAAACGACGUCCCUCGAAAUCCACCACAGACCGUGCAAAUUAACACGUGCAAUGCAGAGGGCUACACGCCUUUACAUAUUGCCGCUAAGUUUGGACGGACUGAUAUAUUACGCAUACUUCUGGACGGUGGUGCUUUACCCAACGUUCAAACCUAUAAAACGCUAUACACCCCUCUACAUUUGGCCUGUUUCUACCAACGCAUUCAAGUGGUGAGGGAAUUACUGAAAUGUGGCAACUGCGUAAUAGAUUCGCAAGAUGCGAAAGGCAACUCCCCACUUUUCUACGCUUGUGUGAAGAACGACAUUAAGAUCGUCGAGAUUUUAUUGAUUAAUGGGGCGGACUGCACUAAGAAGAACUAUUCUGGUAGAAGCCCUCUUCAGGAAAGUGAAGAGAAUAUGCAAUACAGGGUGUUCAAGCUCAUGAAGAACAGUCUAGCAAAUUUUUUGCAAAAGGAUCAUGUUCAAGGGAUGAUAUCUGAUACAGAUAUGUUUUAAUUUUUUAAAUUUUUAUUCUGUUAUGUUUAUGUGUUUUUAUUAUUAUUUUUAUAUAGUUUAUUUUUAAAUUAAGUAUUAACAAAUUAAUAUUCGAUGUAUACAUAUCUGCUUGAACUUAUUGUUAGCAUCAUUGUAUUUAUUCUGAUCUGGGUCAAAAAAUAAUAUAAAAAACUUAAUUUUGUCCAGUAAAAGUGUAACUUGUAACAAAUAUGUGUCAAAUUUAACAAACGUCUCUUAAAUUCACCACAUUGUUGAUAAUUAAAUAUUUUAAAGAUUGUGUCUAAUUUCAUUUGAUCAGCAUUUAUCUACAAAUAUUUAUGUUCAUAAAAAGAAUGCAGUGAAACCAAAUUUAUUUUUUUUUAAAUUAAAUAUCAAAGAUCACUCAUAAUUUAUACAGUACUGGAUAAUAAUAUAGUCACAUAUAUUUUACUGGGUUUGUCCAUAUCGAGUGUGAUAUUUUUUAAUAUGAAAUGUAUUUUUUCAACCAAAAUAAAA